AUGGAUGGUGACCCAAAACGGAGACGCCUGGAUCCUCCUGAAGAUGCACUGCACGAUUAUUUCCAUGUUCCACGACGGCCUCUGCUGCACCCUCCACCGCUGCUCGGCACGGGCCUCCCUCCGCGGCUUCACCCCGUGGAUGGCACAGCACCCUUCAGGCCUUACGAGCCUGCACCGGUCAUGCGACAUCGGGCUGAAGACUCGUGGCCCCCUGGGCCACGCUACCGUGUGCAGUGCGUCAUGGGAAAGGGAACCUUCGGCACAGUCUGCAAGGCCAUGGAGGUCCGCAGCCAGCGGACGGUUGCCAUAAAGACGGUUGCGCACAGCGGGGCCGGCAGAGAGAUGGAAGUUCUUCGCCGUCUGAAUGGCAGCCCAAACGUCGUGCUCUUGCUCGGGAUCUUCGAGGGUGCUGAGGAGGUUCGGACAGUGAAUUUCGUGCUGGAAUACAUGUCUGACACACUGGGUCGCAUCAUCAAGCAUCAUCGGCAGCAGGGCACGGAGAUGGACUUCCAUCGUGUUCGUGUCUACAUGUAUCAGCUGCUUCGCGGCUUAGACAGCUUGUACAGACAUGGGGUGGUACACCGGGACAUCAAGCCUGCAAACUUGCUCGUGGACCCAGCAACGUAUACCUUGAAGGUGUGUGACUUUGGCACGGCAAAGUGGGUCAACACCUCCGAGGUGUCACAAGCUUAUGUUUGUUCUCGUUUCUACCGUGCCCCGGAGCUGAUUUUGAGCGCGCGCGAGCAUACAUCCAGCGUGGAUAUGUGGGCUGCUGGCUGCGUGCUUGGAGAAAUGCUUCUUCGUCAGCCGCUUUUUGCAGGGAAGGAUGGGAUCGACCAGCUUUACAAGAUCAUUGAGAUCAUGGGAACUCCCACCGCGCAGCAGCUUUAUGCCAUGAAUCCCUUCUACGAUGCCGGAGCCGUCUUCAUGCAAGUCCCGCCCUUGAAGUGGAGCAAAGUCCUGCGGGAUCGAUGGAGCGCAGAGGCAGAGGAGAUCUUGGGCGCCAUGCUGCAGUUCGACCCCAGAAAGCGGCCCCGCCCAAUGGAAGCCAUGGCCGCACAGUUUUUCGGUGAGCUUCGCCGGCGGCCGAAGAGUGUAGCUGCGGACUUAUUCAAUUUCACAGAGCAGGAAAGAGCCAGCUGCCCUCCGGAGAUCUUCAAGAAUCUCAUGCCACAGCGAUAG